UAGUAGUUGCGCGCAGGCCCCGCCUCCCGGCCGUGUUGUCAAACGGGCCAGGGUCUCGGAUUGGUCCAGCGGCCGGGACAACACCUGCUUGACUCCUUCAUUCAAGUGACACCAGAGCUUCCAGGGAUAUUUGAGGCACCAUCCCUGCCAUUGCCCCGCACUCGCGGCGCUGCUAACGGCCUGGUCACAUGCUCUCGGGAGAGCUACGGGAGGGCGCUGGGUAACCUCUUAUCCGAGCGGCCGCCGCGAGGAGCAGAGAAAAGGCGAGCGAGGAGGAAGAGUGGGAGGAGGAGGCGAAGCGGCGGAGGAGGAGGAGGAGGAAGGGGGGAGGGGAGCCCAAAGAUUCCGGGUCUCCGGGCGGGAGGCUUACACCAAGAACCAUGUGUGCCGAGCGGCUGGGUCAGUUCAUGACCCUGGCUUUGGUGUGGGCCACCUUCGACUUAGCGCGAGGGACCGACGCCACCAGCCCGCCAGAGGGUUUCCAAGACAGAAGCUCGCAGCAGAAAGGCCGCCUGUCCCUGCAGAACACAGCGGAAAUCCAACACUGUUUGGUCAACGCUGGCGAUGUGGGCUGUGGCGUGUUCGAAUGUUUCGAGAACAACUCCUGUGAGAUUCGGGGCUUACAUGGGAUUUGCAUGACCUUUCUGCACAACGCUGGAAAAUUCGAUGCCCAGGGCAAGUCAUUCAUCAAAGAAGCCUUGAAGUGCAAGGCCCACGCUCUGCGCCACAGAUUCGGCUGCAUAAGCCGGAAGUGCCCGGCCAUUAAGGAAAUGGUGUUCCAGCUGCAGCGGGAAUGUUACCUCAGACACAAUGUGUGCUCUGCGGCCCAGGAGAACACCCGAGUGAUGGUGGAGAUGAUUCACUUCAAGGACUUACUGCUGCAGGAGCCGUACAUGGACCUCGUGAACCUGCUGCUGACCUGUGGGGAGGACGUGAGGGAGGCCAUCACCCACAGCGUGCAGACUCAGUGCGAGCAGAGCUGGGGGAGCCUCUGCUCCAUCCUGAGCUUCUGCACCUCGGCCGUGCAGAGGCCCCCCACGGCGGCCCCCAAGCAGCAGCUGCAGGUGGACAAAGCCAGGGUCUCCAGGACCAGCCACGGGGAAGCAGGUCACCACGCCUCGGAGCCCAGCAGCAGGGAGACCGGCCGGAGCGCCAAGGGCGAGCGAGGCAGCCGGGGCCAGCCAAGCGCCCACGCCCAGGGCGCAGCGGCCGGCCGCGGGGCCCAGGGAGCCUCCAGAAGCAGUGAGUGGGAGGACGACCGGUCGGAGUUUUCUGAUAUCCGGAGGUGAAACAAAAGGCCCGCCCGGGGAAUCUUUCCUCCACGCCGUCCAUUUUCUUCUCUAUGGACAUUCCAAAACAUUUGCCAUUAAAGAGGGGGGAUGUCACACGCAGGAUUUGGUGGGGAUCGUGGACUCGAUGACGGUGUCUGUUAGCAGAAUUCACACAGGCGAGGCGGGGGACCCCCUGAGCAGCAGCGAGGUCCCAGCUGGGCCCGGCGGGCACCACGCUCACUCCUCCUGAGCGAAUGUGCCAUGCGUCCUUGCAACUUUGUCUCUGUCCCUCCAUGGAGCCACUGGGCGGCGGCCCGCGGUUUCCUCUGCUGGGGGGACAGUGGGCCGGGGUGGGGGCAGCAGGGCCUGGACCACGCACUUGGCGAUGGGCCCGCCCCGCAGCUUCCGGGGCAAAAGGGUGAGAGGAAGCAGGGGCUUUGUGGGCGCUUGGUGCCAGAUAGAAAUUCGCUUUCUUGAGGUUUGGAGCUGCUUGGUGGGGGGUGGGGGGGUUUGCUAAGUGUCACUUCUGAGCCAUUGUUCUGUCCGGGGGGGCUCCCUGUCUGAGGGAGUGGCCCCCUGUUUGUAUUUUAACCACUGCUUCAUUUCUUGGUUUCACUUUUUUAUUUAUCCAGUUCUAUCUAUAUAUCUGUCUUCUAAAUAAAUGGCUUUCAAACAAA